AAAGCGUGGUCACCCAUUGGGCCAUAUGAAAGAUCCUCUGCUGUUUUAGAGGAAAUGUUUUCCAAUGGUAACCAGGUCACAAACUCGUGGUGGCCUAACUUGCUUAACCGAAUUCGUAACAUUUGGAGGGCAGCCAACUCUUAGAUGGCCUUGUGGCUUCUGACUAAGCGUUGUUCCAUAUGGAUUUAUCUCUUCCACAAUGCUGGAAUGGAUGUCAUCAAAACGCUUUUCUACGGAUUCUUUCCCAAUGGAGUUUUCUUUGUGGUGGUGGGGUAUUGUACUUAAAAUGGUUUGAAGGCUAGUUUUGGAAAAUGUGAUGUGCUCUUGUGCCUAUUUGUAGGCCUGCUAUAAAUAGGUUUGGCGGGCUACGCAUGCUCAUGUUUGAUUGGAAAUUGCACAGUGCCUUGAGCCGGAGAGAGUGGUGGGUCCAUCUACAAAGAGACAAAAGGAAAGCUAUGAAUGCUGCUUUCUCCCAGAUUUAGACCAUAACAGAUAACCGCCACAGAAGAAAACCUCAUUUGUUUGGUGGAUUGACAUCAUCAUCUGUCGACUUCUCUGAGGAAGUUUCUCCUGGGAAUUUAAGUUUGAAAGAGAAACUCUAUCUGUUGGAGAAUGAGUUCCAGGAGGCUGAUGACACGCUCCUACUCCGCGGGGGACGGGAGGUCCAGCUCCCACAAUGGAGAUGAUGUCAUAGGGAGUAGCAGAGCCAGCAGCCGCAGCUACCUCUCUAGUGUCAGGCCUGAAAACAGCUACUCCAGUCACAGCUAUUCUCAGUACAGGCCAUCAAGGAGCACACUACAUUGUGUUAUGGCACAUUUAACGGAGGAGACCCAGCCAUCCUUUGAGACAACAUUAAAGUCAAGAGCCGUAUCUGAAACCUGUAACAUCAAGUUCACCUGUGAGGUGUCAGGUCACCCCGCUCCAGAAGUGACAUGGUACAAAGAUGAUUUGCAAUUGGACAGAUACUGUGGACUACCUAAAUACAACAUUUCCCGCAAUGGACAAAACCAUUCAUUGCACAUUUACAAUUGCACUAUGGAGGAUGCAGCCAUCUACCAGGCGUCAGCCAGGAACAACAAAGGCAUUGUGUCUUGCUCUGGAGUCCUUGAGGUGGGGACGAUGAGCGAGUACAAGAUCCAUCAGCAGUACUUCGCCAAGAUCAAACUGAAGGCCGAAAACACACGCAGAGAGCUGGAGGAGCCCAAGCUGUGGGACAAGGAGAACCACGGGUCUCCUGCUGCUCGGCAGGAGACACUGAGGACCAUCAGUCCAGACCGGUCCCAGAGGAAGAGACGGUCCCCCAUGGACCCCAGCCUCAGCGCCCCCUGCUCUGUGGAGGAUGAAGGGGUUGAGGAGAACGCUCAGGCUCAUACUGGGGAGGCAGAGGCCAGGCUACAGGACACACCUGUGGGGGGAGAAGAAAAGCGGGAAACUAACAGGGCUGGGGCUUCCAAUGUCAAUGGACAGGCAGCCAAUACAGAGAAUAGCAGCAGCAAAGGCCUGACGUAUGUUUACGAUUCAGUGCAGAAGUCUUUUGCUCCACACACGCCAAAAGCAUCACUGGCCAAGAAGAAGAUAAAGAUCUCCAAUGGAGAGGAGAGUGGGAUGACGGCUGAUAGCCAAGCAGGGAAUGGGCCUGAGGAGAGAGGGAUGAGUGAAGGAGGAGAGGUCAGUGUGACACCCUGUCUGGUUGAGUCCUCACCCUCACUGGGGUCAUCAGAAGAGGUAAUGGAAGUGGAGAGUGCUGUUGAAACUUCAGCCUCAAAGACAGAGAGUGUAAAAUACAUGAAGCAGCCUGAGAGAGCCCCACUGAACAACACUGUGUCAGUAAUGGAAGAAGUGAAGGUCCAAGUGAAGGAUAAAGUACCUGUACAGACCCCACCACACAACGGACAGCCUAGCAUCCUGUCUCCUUCUACUGGGGUCCUCUCUACAGGGGAAACCAUCUCAGGGAAUAAGAGUCAGAAUGGUGCAGUGGCUCAGGUGACGCAGAAGGUUGGAAAUAACAAUAUUAUGGGGAGUCAGAGUACAGUUCCUCCUGUCACCUCAUCACAAUCACAACCAAGUCCUUCAGCUAAACUAAAACCACAACCAAGUCCUCCUUCAGCGAAACCUCAACCACAACCAUGUCAACCAAGUCCUCCUUCUGUGACGUUACAACAACAACCGAGCCAUAUAGUAAAACCACAACCACAACCAAACCCUUCAGCGAAACCACAACCACAACCAAAUCCUCCUUCUGGGAAACUACAACCACAACCACAACCACGUCAACAAAGUCCUUCAGCAAAACCACAACCAUGUUCCUCAGUAACCCCACAACUACGUCAACCAAGUCCUUCAGCGAAACUCCAAGCAAGUCCUUAUGUGAAACCACAAUCACAACCAAGUCCUUCUGCGAAACUACAACCACAACAAAGUCCUUCAGUAAAACUACAACCACAACCACAUCAACAAAGUCCGUCAGUGAAAUUUCAACCACAACCACGUCAAACCAGUCCUUCAGUGAAAUUACAACCACAGCUACAACCACAUCAACCAAGUCCUUCUGCGAAUCUACAACCACAACUACAACCUCAACCAAGUCCAUCUGUAAAACAACAACCACAACCAAGUCACUCUGUUACGCCACAACCACAAGCAAGUCCUUCAGUAACAACUCCACAGGUGUUAAGCAACACACCAGAGGACAUUAAACCCCAUCAAAGCAAUGUAACAGACAUGGAGGUAGACGAUAAGCCUUCUGCCCUGGAACACCUAAACAGCACCACUACUCCCCUAAAAGCUCAAACUGAAUGCCCAGUGAAGGGUUCAGCAUCAGUGCUUGUGGUGCUAAACUCAGAUACAGUUGAAGUUGCUGGGGGUUCAGUGGAGUCAGUACUAACAACACCCUGUAAGAGCAGCGAGGCUGUCUCUGCCUUGCCUCAGCGUCUGUGUGAACAGUCAGGAGAUCAGCUGUCUGUGGAGGAAACAAGCACGUGCCCAAAGAAUGUGUCUGUGUCUCGGCUGCCUGCACUGCUGGGCGAAGUGGUUACACAGAACCACAGACAGACAGCGAGAGAGAGGAAUGGAACACCUGUCAGGCAAGAACCUGUAAUACUAACCAUCCGGAGCAAGCUGGACGGACAAUCACCUUCGCCACAACGCUCUCCAUCGUCAUCGGACAGAGAGGUCACACCAGAUGCCAACAAGUGGUCUCCUACAUUGCACAAUCCUCCGUGCCAAUCGGCCUCUGACAAAAUAACGCAGGGCACAUGGGAUCUUUCCAGGGGAUCAAAUGAGAGCCAUACAUUACCUUUUACAGAGCCACUAAAGUCACCCCUCGAAAGCCUGGGUGUUGGUGAGAAAACCUUGGGGUGUAGUGUUUCCUCAGUCGGCCAGCAAGGCCAAGUUGAGAUAGCUAUAAAAACCGUUGGGGAGACAGAAAUACAAGUUGAGGAUAAAGUACAGGGUAAUAAUCUGUCUGAGUUACAUGCACAGGGAGACAGUUAUGAGAGAAGAGCUGAUAUGGAAACUGUUUAUGAAGUUAGCAAAGUUCAGGAAGGUGAAAUUGAAAGACUUACGAAAGCACCUGAAAAGAAAAACGUUGAAAGUAUAGCAGUGGCUUUAUUUGAUGAAAAGAGUAUACCUGUGUUGAAGAUAGCAGAAUGUCAAAUUCCACAUAUUCAAAAAAUGUGUUCUCCAAAUCCUUCUCUUAAUCCCCGCUUUCAGCCUAUUAUUCCAGACACAUCCCAGACGGCAGACACAACAACAAGUGUCCCAAACACAAACAUCUCAGAACAACAAACAAAAGCCCCAACACCUGUAGCCAUAGUAAUAUCUAAUGCCGAGCUUCUAAGGUCACAAAUGGAGAAAAGUGCCCCUACAGAAGUAAGUCCAGUGCCACCAAUUUCAGUGGCACCCAAUCCAGUGCCACCCAUUUCAGAGGCACCUAUUUCAGUAGCUACCAUUUCAAUGCCCCUUAUACCAAUUAUAAACACAGACAAACAACCUAAAUGUCCUCCAUCAACUGACAUACAGAAUGUGAGAAUGCAAAGUCCAGAGUUGAGGAUGGAUGAGACAGAGUACAGGCAGGAACCUGAGAAAGACACUUGUAAGAAGGAAACCGAUACGUCUGUCGGUUCUAUUUCAGCUUCAAAUGUAGAAUAUAGGUUUACUACCUCUGAACCAGAACGAGUUGAGUCUCCCAUAGUUAGUGCUAUGACUGAAGCCUCACCUAAAGCUUUUGAUAUUCCUCCUAUCUCUAUCAUAGACAUGGAUGGCACUUUAGAGAACAGUAAUCCUCCUGUAUGUAUAGUGACAGACAUUGAAAGUGUCAUGGGUACAGACCAGGAGCAUCUUUUGGAUCAUAAUGCUGAUAUUAGUCCGGCUGCGAAUAAGGAUGGUCAAAGGGAGUCUUCUCUUGUUACUCCAGAGCAGAAGUCCUCGGACAUUACAGUUCCUCCUACAUCUAUCUCAUCGGUUACCUUCACUGCAGAGAAACAACAAACACUAGAAAAUACAGUCAAAGGGAUGGAUUCUUCACACUCACUGCCUCCAGUGUUCAGCAGUCAACAUGGCAGAGACAAAAGGUGUGCUUCUCCCCUUUCGGAGCGUUCACAGGAAUCUAGCUCACUUCCUAGUGCCACUGAGAACCAAAGUAUUUCUACUAAAAAGCCAGGAUUUACAAACAACAUUGCAACCCCGACAUUGCAACCUGUCAGUGAAAAACGGAGAGACUCUUCAUCAGAUACUGGUAUUAUUUUAGGUCAGAGGGAAGCAUGCAAACCUGAUAUUCCUCAGCCUGGUCCUCAGACUGUACGAAGGUUUGAUACCAAGGGUUCCCCAAGUAGUGAGACACAAGGGUCAGUACCUGUUCCCACCAUUCUGUUGGAUAGCAAAGGCUCUCCAUCCAAGGAGGUGAAAGUUGAGGAAAAUUCAAAGCCAGACUCUUCAACAUCUUUCUCAGUCACUGAAAGCAGUACUGGCCUGCUGAAGAGAUCAGACAGUGUGUCCCCCAUCCCCUCAGCCACCCCAAAGGAGCUGGCCUCCGGCGCUCGACGCAAAAUCUUAAUCCCGAAACCCAAAGGAGAGGACCCGGAAGUUGCUGCUUCACCAAUUGACACCUGGAGCCCCCAGAGAGAGGAGGUCCCCAGGAUGAGCUCCAGGCUCUCCCCAGAGUCCUCCUCUCCCAUGUCCCCUGGUCUGUCCCGCAGGUCGCCCCUGCUGCAGCCCCCCAACGGCCAGCACACCCCUCCAACAGAGAGACGCUCCCCACUGCUCAGUAGGAGGAAGCUGGCUCCAACCUCAGAGUCCCCCAAACAGAGCCAGGAACCUGCCCUGGAAACAACCGACACUGCCAAGACUGAGGAGAAACCAGCUGAGAAGGGCAAGCAUAACCCAUUCAAAGCUCCUCAGGUCAUCAGGAAGAUUAGAGGAGAGCCCUUCUCAGAUGCGGCAGGACAUCUGAAGCUGUGGUGCCAGUUCUUCAACGUUCUUAGUGACUCCACCAUCAAGUGGUUCAGGGAUGAGGUGGAGAUCGCUGAGGUUAAAAGAAGUGCAGGAGAUGAGACUCAGGUAGCGUUGGCUAUUGUCCAGACGUCCAGCAGAGACUGUGGAGUUUAUGGCUGCACCAUCACUAAUGAAUACGGGACAGACACAACAGACUUCCUACUCAGUGUUGACAUACUCUCUGGCAUGUUUCUGCGUGAGGAUCAAGAAGUGGGAGAGGAGAUAGAGAUGGUCCCACUGCUGUUCACCAAGGGCCUGGCUGACUCUGGAGUCUGGGGAAGUAAGCUCUUUGGGCGUAUCAUGAUGGAGGAGGCCCAUAUAGGAGAGGGCUGCUCCCACAAGGCCUGCAGGGUGAAGGUCAUCUAUGGGCUGGAGCCGGUGUUUGAAUCUGGGACCACCUGUUACAUCAAGGUGAAGAGCCCCAUCGCCUACUACGGAGCCAAGGAGGAGAGUAACCUGAUCGAGAGGAACCUGGCAAUCACCCAACAGGAAUGUAGAAUUCAGAACCUCGCUCGUGAAUACUGCAAGAUCUUUGCUGCGGAAUGUAGGGUGAUAGGAACCUUUGGAGUAGCGCUGGAAGUGAUCCCAGUCUACCUUAUGUACCGGCCUGCCAACACCAUUCCCCACGCUACGGUGGAGUCUGACCUGAAGGGGGUUUAUCUGAGGUACUGUCUGAUGGACGCUACAGGCCGGCUGGUCAUGAGAACUGGCUCAGAGGCGGCACUGAAGUGUUGUGCUCUGCAGCACUGGAUCCUCCAGUGGACCAAUGGAAACCUGCUGCUCACUCGGAUGGAAGGUGUUGACUUCAAGAUCACAAAUGUUGGAAUUUCCAUCAAAUCGAAAGGGUACCAAAGUCUCAGGAUCACAGAGAACCCCAAUGUGUUUGAGCAGUUUGUCUCUCAGCACCAGUGUAACUACUACUGCGGCCUCCUCAGCCUGAGGUCACUGAAGACACAGGACUCCCUGCAGACCCCAGCCAAACCCAAGGGUUCCAGGAGCCCCCUGCUCCACCGCAAGAUGGGCGGCUCCUCCAGUCCCCAGCCCUCCAGGAAGGCCACAGGAAGCCCCAGGCUGACCAGAAAGCCAGCACAGCCAGAGGACAGCAAAGCCACCGCCAAGCACAUGGCCAAUGAUGUCCCCAAUGUUGUCCGAAGUUAGAAUGGCUUCAUCGGCCGUAGAGAGCAAGCAACUGCUUUUCUCAAUAAAGAUAAUAAAUGCUGAACCAGAUAUGGAUUUACUGCCAGACUUGUCCUCCCACCUAUAGAGCUUUGGGGGAGCUGGGAGCCGGUCUGGGAUGAAAGGCUGGUGACCCCUCCUCCAAGCUGUGACACACACACAGACAGACAGACAGGACAGACAGACAGACAGACAGAAAGACAGAAAGACAGAGACAGACAGACACAGAGCCCUGGGUCCCAAAAGAAAGAUGAGAUCAGAAGGAGAAAGAGAAAGCCAGGAGAAUAAAGAAACCAGGAGAAGGAAGAACGUAAAUGCUGCCAGACAUGACAGAGGCUUCAUCCACAUCUUUGAAUUAAUUCUGUGUUCAAAUAAACAAUGAAAUGCCCCUUCAGUUUUAAUGGGAAUGAUGCCUCUGUUGCCAGAAUCGGAGACAAUGAAAUGAAUGACUACACUAGUAUGUCCUUCAAAUUAUUAAAUUACACAUUAAUUUCACUAAUGAAUACAUUCUUAAUUUAUUUAGUAGAUUCCAUUACAUUUUAAGCUUUGACAUUAUACACGGUAGGCUACCUGGAUUCCUAUAGCAUAUUAGUAAUAAUUCGGAGUAGUAAUUCACAUAUUAGAUCGCAAGGUUAGCACGCCAGCUCGAUUCAGGUCCCAACAACAUUCAUAUUUAGGGCAAAUAAAUGUAAAGGGAUGUUGUUGAGGAGUAAAAGGUUAUCUUCAGUGGUGAGAAAACUAUGCCCUAAGAAUGUACAGUAUAUUGUAUUCCAUGACACUGUGAAUAACAACGUGGUGCUUUUUAUACUGUAACUGUCCCUACGUUUUCAUGUUGCAGUGUACGACAUUCAUAGAAAAUGCUCACUGGAUGCAAUGGCUGUAAAAUAAAAUAAAAUGUAUAGAAAUUAA